UCGCUGGCUACUAAUUUAGAAAUGGAUUUUUCUCUCAUGGCAUUUUUCAUUCUUUUUUCAUCCUUCUCGUUGAGGUUUCUUCACUAAGAGAUUCAUCUUCAACGUGUGUGUGCAUAUAUUCCUUAGAAGUAAAUGAUGAUGAGUGGUGUAGGUUGUAGGCAUAUUUUGAUUUUGGGAAUUGUAGCCUUAGUGUUUAUAAUAACAAUGGCGCGGAGAUGUUUGAGUGUGGGAGUGAACUGGGGUACUAUGGCAUCUCAUCAGUUGGCAGCAGAGAGUGUAGUGAAGAUGCUUAAACAAAAUGGAUUUGACAAAGUAAAACUGUUUGAAGCAGAUGACAAGAUUUUGAGUGCUUUAAUAGGUAGUGAUAUUGAAGUGAUGCUUGCAAUUCCUAACUAUAUGUUGCAAGAUAUGAGCACUAAUCCUGGGAUGGCUGCUUCUUGGAUUGAUGCCAAUGUCUCUGCUUAUGCUUACACUCAUGGAGUCAAAAUCAGGUAUGUAGCAGUUGGAAAUGAGCCCUUUCUUCAAACAUACAAUGGCACUUAUCUACAUUCCACUUUUCCAGCUCUGCGAAAUGUCCAAGAAGCCAUCAAUCAUGCUGGAUUAGGGCCAGAGGUGAAAGCAGUCGUCCCCUUAAACGCGGACAUUUACUACUCCCCUGACUCGAAUCCUGUCCCUUCAGCAGGUGAUUUCAGGCCAGAAAUACGUGAUUUAGCCAUUCAAAUUGUCCAAUAUCUCCACUCAAAUGAUGCACCGUUUGUUGUUAACAUCUAUCCUUUCCUCAGUCUCUAUGAAAACGAUUACUUUCCAUUUGAGUACGCCUUCUUUAACGGAACAAACAAGCCUAUGAAAGAUGGAGAUUAUCUUUAUACUAACGUGUUUGAUGCCAAUUUUGAUACUCUUGCCUGGUCUUUGAAGAAAGCUGGCUUUUCCGACAUGAAAAUCAUAGUCGGAGAAGUAGGAUGGCCAACGGAUGGGAAUAAAAAUGCAAAUAUUGAAAAUGCGCAGAGAUUUAACCAAGGGUUGAUUCAACAUGUUCUAAGUGGAGAAGGAACCCCUGCAAGGAAGGGGAAAAUCGACGUUUACUUGUUCAGCCUUAUUGAUGAGAAUACUAAAAGCAUUGCUCCUGGUAACUUUGAGAGGCAUUGGGGAAUAUUUGAGUUUGAUGGUAAGCCCAAAUAUGAGCUAGAUUUAUCUGAAAAGCUGCUCGCUGCAGUAGAAGGUGUGAGUUAUAUGCAUAAAAAGUGGUGUAUACUAAAGCCACACCUACCAAAAGAUGCACAAACUUACUUGGCAAAGAGUGUUGAUUACGCGUGUAGUCAUUCUGAUUGUACGACUUUGGGCUAUGGUUCUUCUUGUAAUCAUCUGAGUGCACAAGGAAAUGCUUCCUAUGCUUUCAAUAUGUAUUAUCAAUUCAAAAACCAAAACAGUUUGGAUUGUGAUUUCCAAGGCUUGGCUAUGGUAACUCAUAAGGAUCCAUCCGAUGACAAGUGCCAUUUUCCUUUGAUGAUUGAUGACGGUCGUAGAGUGAUGCUGUUGCACAAGAAUUUAUUGUAUAUCGUACUGGCUAUUCUCCAAGGAUUUCUAGUAGUUUUGCUGCUUGUUUCUUAGAGAGGUCAUGCAUUGCGCGGUUUUUGUUUCUUUUUUCUGUUCUUUCCUACAACAAGAAGAUGAUGUAACUAGUAGCAGAAUACAGGUCAUUUUUACAGCAUUGAUAUCUAAGCAUUCAUAUUUCAACACACAUGAAUUAUGCAAAAUGCUUCAUUUUGUAUGGAACCUUCAUAUAAGUCGAGGGUAAUAAGACACAACACAUCCAGAACAAAGUAAGUUGAUGCAGUUUCUAAGAAGUCUUAACGAAAACUAUAAUCGGUUGAGGAGUAAAAUCCAAAUGAUGAAUCCAACAUCUUCAGUGAACCAAAGCUUAUUCCUCAAUCAAACAUGAGGAGAAUCCUCAGCUCAUGUUAUGGAAAAUUUCUCUAGGAGUACAAAAAGAAACAGUUCCAUGGCACUAAAUUAAUACAGAUUACCAAAAAAGUAAUCUUUGACGUUCAUAGUUCCUU